AAAAAUUCAAAGGUCACAACUGUUGUCAAUAAGACAGACAUGAUAGAUACAACUUAUCGAUUUUUUAAAAUGGAAAUUUUAGCAGGAGAAAAUAAUAUGAUUACAGAAGUGAAAGAAAGUAAUUGUAGAUUUCGCUUUGACUUUUCACAAGUGUAUUGGAAUUCACGAUUGCAUACUGAACAUGGCCGUUUAUUGUCAAUGUUUAAAAAGGGUGAUGUGUUUGCUGGUGUUGGUCCAUUUGCAAUUCCAGCUGCUAAAAAAGGGUGCAUCGUGUAUGCAAAUGAUUUAAAUCCUGCAUCAUACAAUUAUCUUAUGGAAAAUAUUAAGUUAAACAAGGUUCAUGACAAAGUUUAUCCUUAUAAUUUGGAUGGAAAAUUAUUUAUAAGUAAGGCUGUGUUGGAUCUACAAAAAGCAUUUAAUGACGGAAUAAAAUCGUCCAAAACUUCAAAA